AUGUCCCAAAAGAGUAUUAAAUCAUUUUUUAAAAUAACUCCUAAGAAAACAGAAGGUGUAACCGAAACAGCUAAUCAGGAACAAAAUGGGUCACCCUCUAAUACAAGUAUCAAUAGUGAAACCGACAGCACACCAAAUGGAACUGCAAAGAGAGGUAAAAGAUUGAGAUCAAGUAGCAGUGAACAUGAAUCUGGAGAAGUGAAGAAGAUUCCGUCUCCAACUACUUCAGAGAAGAAAAAGAAAGUAAAACGCCAGAGAAUUGAGAGUUCCGAGAGUGAAACAGAAAAUGCAGUCCAAGAAGAAAAAAUUGAAGUGAAAAUUGAAAAUAACAACCCAGUCAAAACCUAUGCAUCACCCAAAGCCAAGAAAAUGAAGGAAAAGAAAAUCGAAAAGAAAAUUAAGAUAGAAAAGGAAAAGUCGCCAGAAAUUAAAGAAGAAUCAGAAAUGAAAAGUCCAUCGCCAGUUAAAAAACAAAAGAAAACAAAUGGUAUUAUGAGUUCAUUUGUAAAGAUUGAGAAACAGGAUACAAAGAAAGAAAAAGAAAAUAUUACAGAUGAAGAUAAAAAUAAUUCUGAAAUAGUUAAAGAAGUUGAUUACAACCCUGGUAAAUCAAAAUACCAUCCGAUCAAAGAUGCUUGCUGGAAGAAGAAUCAAGAUGUACCAUAUUUAGCGUUAGCAAAGACUCUAGAAGUAAUAGAAGCGACAUCUGCUAGACUUAAAAUGGUGGAAAUAUUAAGUAAUUACUUCAAAUCAGUCAUAGCAUUGACUCCAGAGGAUCUCCUGCCGAGCAUAUAUCUGUGUUUGAAUCAACUAGCGCCCGCAUAUAAGAGUCUUGAAUUAGGUAUAGCAGAGACAUAUCUAAUGAAGGCUGUGGGUCAGUGUACUGGACGGACCCUCGCGCAGAUGAAGGCAGCGGCUCAGAAAUGUGGGGACCUGGGACUGGUAGCAGAGCAGGCUCGCGCUACUCAGAGGACGAUGUUCGCGCCCCCGCCUCUCACUGUGAAGAAAGUCAUCACGGCGCUUAGAGAUGUGGCCGCUAUGACGGGCCAGGCAUCCGUCAACAAGAAAAUUGGGAAAAUUCAAUCGCUUUAUGUGGCAUGCAGACAUUCAGAGGCCAGAUAUUUGAUCAGGUCUCUUGAGGGUAAGCUGCGCGUGGGUCUGGCGGAACAGUCCUUACUGCAGGCGCUGGCUCAAGCUAUGGCUGAAGAAGACUCCAAGAGCCUCAUAGAUGAAUACGCUCUCAUCAUCAAGACGACGUACUGUGAGUGUCCCAACUAUGACCUGCUGGUUCCAGUACUGCUGCAGCACGGCGUGAGGUCUCUGCCGGAACACUGCCGCCUCACUCCGGGUCUGCCGCUCAAACCUAUGCUGGCUCACCCUACUAAAGGGGUACAUGAGGUCUUCAACAGGUUCGACGGUUCAGUGUUCACAUGUGAAUAUAAGUACGACGGUGAGCGCGCUCAGAUACACGUGCCGGGAGAUGAGAGGCCGGACCUGGAGCGAGCAGCUGUGUACAGCAGGAACCAGGAGGAUAACACUACUAAGUACCCGGACAUCAUCAAACGUCUCCCUUCCCUGAUGAAGGAAACAGUGAGGAGCUGUGUGCUGGACUGUGAGGCGGUCGCUUAUGACACUAGCACCAAGCAGAUAUUACCAUUCCAGGUGUUAUCGACUCGCAAACGUAAAGACGCUACCGAGGAGCAGAUCAAGGUGCAGGUGUGUGUGUUUGUGUUUGACCUGCUGUAUCUGAACGGACGGGCGCUGGUGAGGGAAGACUUGGAGAUUAGGAGGGAAUUGUUGAGGGAGAACUUCAAUGAGGUCGAAGGUGAAUGGCAGUUCGCGGUGAGUCGUGACUGUACGGACGAGGAGGAGGUGGCCCAGUUCCUGCAGGAGUCGGUGAAGGCUUCUUGUGAGGGACUCAUGGUGAAGGCGCUGCGGGGAGAAAACGCGAGAUACGAUAUAGCUAGGAGGUCACACAACUGGCUUAAGUUAAAGAAGGACUAUCUAGAGGGCAUCGGUGACUCUGUGGACGCGGUAGUGAUCGGCGCCUACCACGGGCGAGGCAAGAGGACCGGCGUGUACGGAGGGUUCCUGCUCGCGUGUUACGACCCAACUAACGAACAGUACCAGUCACUGUGUAAGAUAGGCACCGGCUUCACUGACGAAGACCUGCGGACGCUCAGCGACACGCUCAAGGAACAUGUUAUAGACGGACCCAGGAACUAUUAUAUGUUCGACUCGUCUCACGCCCCUGACGCGUGGUUCUCUCCGUCGUGUGUGUGGGAGGUGAGGUGCGCGGACCUCUCCCUGUCCCCCGCACACCGCGCCGCGCUGGGCCUGGUACAUGACAGUAAAGGAAUCAGUCUACGGUUCCCGAGGUUCAUCCGUGUCCGUGACGACAAGUCCGCGGAGCUGGCGACCUCUGCCGAGCAGAUAGCGGAGCUGUACCUGAGACAAGACCAGGUCAAGAACACUACCAACAAUCAACAGAGAGACGACUUCUACUGA